AUGGGGAAGAAUAUACAUAACCGUAUAAAAGACACAACAACCAAUUCAACAAACCCAAAUUUGAGACUAAGUGGCAUGGCAAAGAACAUGCAGAAAGUAAAAAAAAAAGCAGCAUGUGAAAAAAAAAGAGCCAAAUUUUCAUUCUCAUUUUCCCUAUCUCGGACCAAUGCUUCACCUCUUUCUCUCUCUGUCUCAAUCUUCAUCUCUUUCUCAUUUUCCCUAUCUCGAACCAAUCUUCAUCUCUUUCUCUCUCUGUCUCAUUUUCCACCAUAUUUUCCUUCUCUCCUUUCUCUUCCUGCUAUACCCAUCACCACCUCCUCCUCCUCCUCUCUCGGACCGAACCACUGCCUCUCUCCGACUGAACCUCCUACUGGAGCCUUGACGAAGAAAAAAAAUGGAUCCAAAGUAAAUCUCUCGGACACUCCCGCUUACAAGCAGUACGUCGCCGGCUUACUCAUCGGAGUUUCCACCGUCGCCAUUGGCCAUCCCUUUGACACCGUAAAGCUAUGGAGAUAUUUUAAAAGUUCAGGACUUGAAUGCAAUAUUACGUCGUUUUGGAAUGCGAAAGAGAUGGCACAAGCUUUCCCAGGUGAUAUUAACAACUUUACUCAAGGUAUAUGUCAGAGGAGGUUUGUUUGAAAAGUCUAGAGAAUUGUUAGCUGAACUGCAAGCUAAGGGCUACGCCAAAGAUGAGGUAACCUUGUACAGUUGUACAGUUACAACUAUCA